CCUAUAUGUGUUCAGAUUUACGGUUUUAACAGCUCUUAUCCAAUGCACCGCCAUUCAGCUGAACAAGGCGACAUGCAUGGAGUGUUACUACGCAUCUUUUAGUCACGGCUCAAUACCUCUACAAAUACCUCCCGUAAACAACAGCCCAGGUUCUGCUGACCUAGUUGUGGAAAUACUUGCAUAGUAGCGUUAAUAUGAGGGGCUGACACAUGUAGAAUACACCAGGAGGAAGUCUGGAUCACAAUAAUCACAAUGGGUGGGUGUGCAUCUAAAAACAAACAACCAAAGGAAGAGGCCUACAAGCCGGCUAAUGCUCCGUCCAGUCAGCCGGAGUUUGAGGAGAUCGUACCGGAAGUAAAAGCGGACGUUGCAGCAAGCAAGCCCCUGUUGAGGGCUAACGGGUCGGCUUCAGCGGCUGACGGCGACAAACGGGAGUAUCGGAACUCUGUCGGUCCGGGUGGAGUGAUUCUACCCAAUCAACCACCAGUAAAAGAUGAGGCUGAUCCUUCCAUCCCCUUCAUUGACGCUUCUGAGGAUGAACUGGAGGGUCAUUCCACCCCAGCUAAGUCCCUCUUUUCCGGGAACCUGUCCAAGGUUGGGGAGGUGGCGUCUGACGUCAAGGUGUCUGUAGAAGCAGCAGCUGCAGCUGGGGUGCAGGAGGUCUCAGAUAAAGCAGCUUCAGAGGCAGAAGCUGCAGAGGCAGCUUUUGAAUCUGCCAAAGAAAAAGCCAAGGAGAAAUUGACAGAGCUGAAGCAAAAUGUUGCGGAAAUCAGCCCUGUGACGGUGGCUCAAGUCCAGUCUGUGUUUUCUGGAAACGACUCCGCUACCGGAGACACCAACGGGGAACUGGCAGUUGUGAAGGAAGAUGCAAUUGAGGAGAAAGCCGGAGGUCUUGUGGACGAGGUGAUGAAGAGCGUUGAAGACAAAACAGCUAAUGAGAGUCUCGUAGACGAUGUCUUGAAAGCUGCCAUGCCGGAGGUGGUCACCCAGGAUGACGAAUCAGAACCGUCUUCAACCGUUGAUGCCGUGAAACAGAAAGCAAGCGAAACGCUUGACUCUGCCGUUUCCUUCGGCAAGGAAGCACUUCCGUCAACUGAUGCUGUCCAGGAGACUGUCCAGGAGACUGUUCAGGAGACUGUCCAGAACGGAGUGUCAUCCUUGCAGUCUUUUGUAGAACAGGCCAAAGGUGAGUUCACGGGCUUCCGGUCGUCCUUGCUGGGCAAAACAGAAGACGCCGCUAGCCAGGAGCAGAUAACCAAGACCAGCGAGUCUGUUGGGUACAUAUACUCUCCGCAGGUCUCAGGUGUUGGGUUCAGGGUCGGGGACAAGUACAUCAUGACAGCAUACAACCUCAUCAGAGACAUCAUCGCUAAUAUGGGGACCUCAGAACAACAAAUGUUCAACAACAAGGAAAUCUGGAUUCAAUUUGAAUACCUCCAAAUGGGGGAAUAUGAAUUCGACAACCUGACCAGAUUCAAGUUUGUCGCCAUGCCCUAUACAAACCCAGACCUGGACGUGGCCAUCCUGGAACUAGAAAGUCACGAAAUGAAGACCUUGCCGCCGCCUCUUGCCAGUUUCUCCGUCAUCAGCGAGCAUGGGAAAGUGGAGUUUGUUAGCCACGAUGGUAACCCAACCAAGAGACGAGACCCGUCCAGCCUUGCUGCUCAUCCAACGGACACCGAGGUUGAGAAUGCGGUGGAAUGGGCUCGCGGUAAGCGCUACCCAGGCACUGGCUUCCAGGGCCUGUCUGACCCAAACAAGCUCCAGUUCCAUGGGCCUCUUCAUCAGUGUACAUCCGGGUCCCCAGGUGUAGUUGUUGAUGGUAAUGAGCUUUAUGUUGUUGCUUUCCUGACAAAGUCCUUCCCGAACUUCUACUGGAACCUGGAGAUUGAUGAGCGGGAGAGUAUCCCGGAAGGUUACCUCCUGGAUGAAGCGGUCAGCACCUCGGCUGUGUACUUGCACCUCAAGGAACAGGAGCGCCUGUCUGAACUCUGUAAUAAUAUCUUUGGUCACCCUGUUGAAAAGCAGUCGUGAAGAUAGAGCAUCCGAGGUAAAUCAUAUAUCCUAUAUUGUACGAAGACACGAUGGGUUUUAAUCGCGAUGAGCUCAGAAUCCAGCGACUAGGACAAUAUUUUCCGUGGUAUAUUUUUCUGCUGAAACCUUCUAAAAUGUACGAAAACAUAUAUAUUACACACUCAAAGUAUGUAACUCGGUAUAGUUUUCGAAUCUAGAAUAUCCAUGCAUGCUCAAAUCAGGUUGUAAUACAGCUACAUUAUGUAUUUACAAAAUGUCCACUUGUUGGAAUUGUAUUCAGCAUCAGGUAAAUUUGUUUUAUCAAUAAUACAAUCAAGAACUCUCACAUUACAUACAUUUUUUCAGUGACUCGGCUUUGCAAAUGCUUCCAAACACGUACUAAUGGUACUAAUUUGCAUGUAGCUGUUUUCGGAUACCAUCGCAAGCGUUUAUUCCAUGGCUCAUUGAUGACUUUUCUUGAGAGGUAUAUGAGCAUCUUUUUGUCGAAGAUAUAUAUACUGUCAACCUCAUGGUGCAUACACUGUAAUCAACGGAAGAUAUAGACAUAAAGGAUAUCGAUAGAAAAAUCAAAUUGUUUUAACUGGGCAUCGCCUGUACGACAUGAGCCUCUAUUACCAGUUCCUCCAUCGGUAAGACUUGCUAAGGGUCUUUAUAAAAGCCCUCGUUGAUUGAUAAAGCACCAGUAAUCAAUAUUGACCCAAGAUUAAAGUCUUGUUAUGUAAAUAUGGAAUGUGUUCUUUCUGUUAUGAAAGAUACGUCUUUUUAUAUUUUGAGAUAUAUUUUAGAAUAUAUUUUGUUUUAAGGACUAUUCUACUACGAACGUUUUAGUGCUUUGACUUUGGUUCAGUUACAAAUAUUUAUCCAAUCUUCGUGCAAUAAGUGAUGAUUUUUUUGUUAAUUUAACGAACCUUGGUCAUCGUGUAUAUUUGGUAUUUGUGCCAAUAUCCUGAUGUUUCGUCAGUGUAUUGUGUUUAUCUGAAAUAGUUUCACGGUUGUGGCUUCAUAUUUCGUGUCGUGUUUCACAUAGCCAUACCACUUGCCAAACACAGAACGUCAUGCUGAACUAUUUUAUUAUAAAUCGUAUGAAAUUACUGUUAUUGAUGUAACCUACAUCACACUGGCGUUGACAAUAUGUAUAGCAACGAAGUCGCACGUUUACAUUACAUGUACCAUACUGUUAGUGAAAUUAUGACAGUAUGCUGUCGCUAUGGCAACAAUGGUUUAUUACAGACGAGUUACCUCAUCAACUUAGAGAUAUAUAUAAAUGUUUUAAAGUUUGGAAUAAGCGAUUCCUACAUAUAUUUUAAUAUAAAUGAUGUACAUAUUCGUAAAGCUUCGAUUAUCCAGUGUAUAAUAUCCCAUUUCUGUUAUGAUAAAUACCGGGCCUAUUUACCUGCAGAACAUUGAACACAAUUAGAGUACCACGACGGUAAAUAUAGCUGUCCAGUCACUCUCUCGUGAGUGAAGGACAUUUUGCACUUAGUGAUAAACUAAAUGCAGAUUGUGACGUCACUUCCGAAACAAUUCUGUGGAGGAGAAAGGUCCUCGCUAAUUAUGUAAAUAGGAUGGAGACAUCAUUCACAGGAUAUCGAGGCUAAUAUUGGUAGUAAUAGAAGGUUUGAACUCGUGUAUUGCGCAUACGCGGAAACCUCGUCAACUCGACUCUUCAACUGCAAUUAUGAUUGUGUAACCAAUCACAAUGGCACUCUACGUUUCUUGAGCCUGGGCUUACUCGAUUGAUUCGACCACCCCGAAGACUUCGAGUUAAGGAGUUUCAAUUUAGUGACAACCAAGGUAGUUUAGCGCUUAAUGUCGAUAAUCUUUCAGAUUACGAUCUGGCUUUGUCAAGAACUAAAGAGUAAACGAUUUCGUUUUCAAGCAAGAUUACCAUUUUCGUUUCAUGUCUUAGUUCAGCGUCAACAUACGAGUCUAAUAGCUUACGUUCUGUCUACUCAUGACGUCAUCAGUCCUGGUUCAUGUGAGCUUCGAGUCCAUUUUGUCACGUAACAAGUCCAUCUAUCAAACCAUCAGACAAUAGACAUUACCAUAAUUGUAAUACAAGCAUAAUUAGAUACAAUGCCAUCGAAAGAGGCCAAGGAUUACAAUACAAUUGCACCUUGUCCGAACCUCGCAACAACGGACACACUUAUUCCGGACAUGUAGAAUUGGGAACAAAUAUUUUGUAAUUUUUAGUAUCCUCACGAAGAGUGUCUGUGCCUGUAAGCACGCAUGUAAGCAUGUAAGCGUGGAACCACGUGACUGUUCCAAGGGACUCGCAGUUCUGUUUUCUUUAGUUGUUAGUAUUGAUAUGGCAGCACCGUUCAUGUGACAAUUUGUAUGUACCUUUUAAUACUCCUCUGCUUUUAUCUUGGUAAUGGACUAGCAGCUGUUGUUUUGUUUUGUUUUUUCUAGAUUGUUGUGUACAUACACGAUCACAUGUUACAUCUGUUGCAUCAGUUUGAUUUUGAUAUGCCUUUUUGCUUAUUGAUUAUUUACAGUAGACAACUGUGUUAUUGUGUAUUGAAGUAACGUGGGGCCAAGUGGUUUUGGGUAACAAGAGAUGUCUUACUGAAUUGUAUAGAGACGGCGAUGUUGCAGUUUUCGUAAACCGUCAAUUAUCCGUGGCAACAGGUUCCAAUGGGCUUUGAUCACUGGCAGUUAGAGAUGGCACUGGGUGUCUCCUAGAGACAAACACGCCCUGCUCUACCGCUGUCACCAGGUACUUGUGAAAGGAAAAGCUCACCAUACUUUACGAUAGCACCGUCACUCAACAGAAACGCAAUUCCUUUAGAAUCGCACUGAUCAGAUACUAGUGGUCCACUUCCGGUUUAGUGCUGUGACUGUCGUGUCACUAGCAUAUGGAAGCUCUACGGUUGAUACGUGGGAUCAGUCCCAGUGGUCUAGACGUAUGGGUAAUGCAUGCGGACUGGGAAUGCAUUUUCCGAAAAUUGUUUCUCAAUAAAUUGUUCUCCUUCUCCAAAUCAAUAUAUCAGAUUCGACAGUCAAUGGAGAGCGUUCAGUGUGACGAAUAGGACCAUAUUUUGCCUUCACGUCUUACGCCCACCAUGGACUCGUGGAAUUCCCUCUCCCCUUAAGUCAGAAUAAUGGUCUACACCCUAAUCUAUUCCUUGUUCACCGGAACCGUUGUUAGGUUAUGUUAUUGGUUUUAUUCAUUUGUCAUGGAAUUUGGAGAAUUGUUGUGUUUGCUUUGAAAAUCUUUUGCAGCUUCGCUAUCCAAAAACUAGACAGCUUUCCACGUAGAGUGUUGCAUACAAUAUACUAAACAUUCUCUAUGUAUAUAUGGCACAGCAGAAACUCUAUGGUAUCUGUGGCAACAAGAGAAAAUUGAUUAGAGUUUUUAAUUAGAAUCGCUUUUGUAAAAGGAACAAAGUCUUUCAUGGCAACUGGAGUGCAAAGACAUUUUCUUUGGCAUAUUCAUAUUAUUGACAUGUGUGUACCCCAUGUGUAACGAUGUAAUGGGAGAAUUCUUUGAGGAUUUUUUAAUUCGUACUAUACAUAAUAAUGUUCAAGAUACGCCUUUCGAUUCAUGUUGAGAAUUUUUCAAAGUGAUGGGUUACAUGUUAUGUUCAAUAGUAUAUUAAUUGAAAUCCAGUACAUGUAAAUAAAAAUGUAAUUACGCAAUCUAAUUUGUCGGGUCUACAGGUGAAGAUAUUUGAUUAAAUAUGUUUUAAAACCAAAAGUUAUUUUUUGACCGUAAUUGGUUAUUCAUUUACAUAAUGUUUUUUGUGAUUCGUAUUUCAUAUGAAAAGACUGAUUGCAUAUUCGCAUUUUUAUAUCAUUGCUGCUCGAUCGCAGUUUCUUUGUAACAUGACACAUAGAUGAAUAAAUUUGUAAAGCUAU